GGUGCGCGGCGGGCGCCCCUGCGGUGGUUGUGGUCGCCGGCCCGCAGCCUGGGCUCCUGGUUCUGGGGCUGGGCUGGCAGCUCUGGGGACGUUCCAGGAGGGAACAUGAACGUCCGCGGGGAGCGCUGCACUCGACACGGCCCAGUCACUGCCGCUGCGCGCCUCCUCCGGGCGUAAGGACAGUGCGGCACCUCCUCCAGGGCUUUCCGGGAUUGCUCAGAUGCUGCCUGUAAGGCGCCGGCUCGGCCUGGGGAGGCAGCUCGCCUGUUGACUUGGGCGUGGAUGGGGGCUGCAGCCGCCUUAACCUUUGGGCCGAGGUUGUUUACAAGUGGGGCGGGUGCAGGUCUGGUCAAAUUUCCUGAGUAUCGGGUGGUGCCAGGGGACAGGUGGUCCCCGAGGGAGGGCCGGGCAGUGAGCUGAGGGAGGUGGCCUCUGCUCUGGGUCCUCACUGUCCACUUGGAGGCCAGUGUGUUCUCUCUGCUGUCAGCUCUCCCUUCUGCUGUCAGCUCUGCCCCAGCCAUGUCUCAUCUUCCCGUCUUCUACCUCCCAACCCCAUCCUGGAUGCACACCCUGACCUCAAGUUUCCUGGGAAGCCAGGCUCUUUUAGCACAAGCCCCCAAAAGGACAUAAAUGGGAAGGCAGAUCGCUACGUAAGUAAAGUAAUGAUCAUAUGGCAGGCCUCCCAAAAGCAAACCUAAGUUUGUUUGAACGGCUUUCUCUCUCCUUCCUGCUGCCCUCAACACUGCGAAUUACUGGAGUGGCAGAGGCCACAGCGGGAGGUCUUAGAAAGGGCAUGUCUGUCGGGAAAGUCUUGGGGAUUGAGCAGUGUCUGCCUGGCACAGAGCGCUGAGGCCAGGGUAGGGCAGACCUGAUCAGAUCUGCCAGAAGUAUCACCUUUUCAGGGUCCCCUUCCAAGCCCACAGUCCUCCUAGGUGGGUGGAGGCUGGAAGAAGUUCAGGCGGGACUGCAGAAUUAGGAGUGUGCUGUUCUGGCAGAGCACACCUUUAUCCAGAGUUGAUAAUGGGACAGGCCCUCCAGUCACAAAAAGGCCCUGAGUCCCUGUCACUGCUGUCCAGAGAAAGCACGUUUUUGACUUUGUGGAGAGACUGGUGGCUCGAGGUCAGGCUGUAGAUGUGAUCCUCUCCAGUUUGGUUGGCUGUUUCCCUGCAGAUCAGAGUGGGGGUGCUGUGGGGAGGGACAGUGGUCAGUGGGAGAAAGGAAAGGUCCUGACUGUGGCCCAUGGGCCCUCCCCCUCCCUCCAUCUUGGAGUCAGCGGCCCUGCCGACUCCCUGGUUAACCCUGGUGUCCCAUCCGGUUCUGUGCCUCUCAGAGUGGGGCGCCUGGGCUGCCCCAGGAGUUCAUGGUGUUGGGACUACAGAUGAAGCUUCACGAGAGACUUGUGGCGUCGGUGUCACCUGCAGAUUUGGGGGAGUGAUUGUUAUGUGGGUACCACAUAGUAUGUUACAGGGUGAAGGCAAAGCACACGGGAGUGUUAGAGAUGAAACGGGAGUUCAGAUGAGGGUUGUGCUUCUGGCCUGUCACUUUGGGAGUAGUGUCACCCUCCUCUGUGGUGGGGGGCCUCGGAGAGGCAUUUAUUCUGGGUCCUAACAGUCAUGUGGAGGCAAUAGCUUGGGAGGAGAGAGGAUUGCAUGGGACACAUCCCUCAGCUCGAGCAUUGGGGACCCCGAGGGGACAUCCUCCAGCCCUCGAUUGUUAAGGGACUCCUGGCUGGAGCCUGUUUGUCUGGGUUGAAAUGUGGUCCCACCACAAGGCUGGCUGUUGGUAGGACAGUGGGGGUCAGGUGGGAGUUGGAGGUGAAAUGCUGACUGCAGCAGGAGGUGUAGGCCAGCUGUCAGGUGAGACGGCGCAACCGACAGGCAGGCGGAAGCGGUAUCAUCUCGUGGACACUUACAUCUGUGGCCCUGGGGAACCUUGCUGCCCGAGUGCGUAUGUGACGUGUCCAGGACAAGUGCCGCCUUUUUAGUAGGCAGAAAGCAUAUCUGUGGUUUAAGGAGACCUUGGGGGGCGCCCGAGGGCAGUCCCAUUGCGGUGGGCUCACUUCCUCUGGUUUCCUCCUCCAUUGCUGCUAUCUGCUUGGGUUACACGGGAAAACAGCAGGAGAAUCCAGGCCGUAUCGAGGAUCGGGUGCAGAGGAGCUGCUGCAAGUUUAAUGAACUGGUUGCUAAUUGCUGCCUCAGAGGCUCCAGCUUCCUGCCUUGCCCCAGCCAUGGCCUAGGCUUGCUUCCUGCCCAGCAGCCAGCUCUCUGGACCUGCCUGGCAGGCUCCCAGAGUUCUUGGUGAAGCCAGGCUGUGGGUAGAGGAAGGAUGUGAGUGUGGCAGACCCUGCCCGUGGGAGCAGUGGGGAGGGGUGGGCAAGGCUCCACAUUUGGGGUAUAGGAGAAGCCACUUUGAGGGGUAGAAGAGGAUGUGUCCCUCGUGGUUGUGGCCCCUUGGUAUUUUAGGGUAGGUGGGCUGGGCUGUGGGCCUUACCUGUGUGCAGGAGAGAAAACAGGCCUAGAAUGGUGGAGAGAACAUACCCAAGGUCCCUCGGCAGGUGUGGGAGUCAGCUGGAAUUGUGACCCAGGUCUACCCGGUCCCGAUUUCUGUUCUGAGAGAGGCAGCCCUUUCCCAACCCAAGUUCAAGCCAUGUUUCCCGAGUUAGAGGACUCCUGUGAAUGGUGAUGCCUGGCCUGGCCUGAGCCCUUCGGAGACAUUCUCUCUUUUAUCCUAACCACCUUGCAAGGUGGGUAUUGGUACAGCAGGGGCUCUGAGGGUGGCUCUCUAAGCCCUGGAGUAAAGAGAGGGUGACAGGCCCUCGCAGCUGCUGGGCCGAGCUCUGAGAUCCAGCCGCACUCUUGCUGUGGGGCCGGGGGCCACCGCUUCACCUGAGUCUGUCUUCUCACCUGUGACAGGGAGCAGUUGUGUCAGCCUUACUUGUCUCAGAUGGCGGGGGACGCUUCUGGGUGCUGUGGAAGAACCAGAUGCUGGCUGUCGGCAGGGACUUGCAUGGUUUCACAAGCCGUCUCCCCAGGUGGCCUUCCCAGCAGCCUGUGUCCCGCCCUCCCUGCUAAUUCCUGCCGUGUCUCUUGCUUUCAAGCUUGCGCCAUCUCCGGCCUCUUCAACUGCAUCACCAUCCACCCUCUGAACAUCGCGGCCGGCGUGUGGAUGAUCAUGAACGCCUUCAUCCUGUUGCUCUGUGAGGCGCCCUUCUGCUGCCAGUUCGUCGAGUUCGCAAACAUGGUAGCAGAGAAGGUGGACCGGCUGCGCUCCUGGCAGAAGGCUGUCUUCUACUGCGGGAUGGCAGCUGUUCCUGUCGUCAUCAGCCUGACCCUGACCACGCUGCUGGGCAACGCCAUUGCCUUUGCCACCGGAGUGCUGUACGGACUCUCUGCUCUGGGCAAAAAGGGCGACGCAAUCUCCUAUGCCAGGAUCCAGCAGCAGAAGCAGCAGGCGGAUGAGGAGAAGCUCACGGACACCCUGGAGGGGGAGCUGUGAUGUGGGUUGGGGUGACCCUCCCCUCCCUGCUCACCUCUCUGGCUCUGUGUGAGCAUGUGCUGGAGGGACGAGGCCUGGAGCGUUGACCUUGAAGGACAGCCUGGAAGAGGAGCCUCUGUCUGGCUCCCGUCAGCCCCUCUGCCCCAGUCCCUGACCUGGAGGCCUCCUGUCUGCCCUCUCUUCAGAUUGGUGUCUCCUGGUUCUGAGCCGGGUGCUGAGGGGCUGGGGUGAGGGCUCUGAGGGCCUUGGCCAGCAGAAAGAUCAGCGUGGUGGCAGACAGUGUGAGCCUCGGGGGUGACCCAGGCCACAAGACUUGAGGCAGAGCAGAGCCUGCAGUAGCUCUGCCCAGACAGCCCACCUGGCCCCAUGCCUCCCAGCCGGCCUGGCUCGGCCGGAAACAGGCUGCUGGGAGGAUUUCGACUUACACAGCUGGGAGAACCACUGGGACCUGCUGAAGGCCUGGGAGGAGCUUCCCCUGGAGAUGUUGGUCCUGUCUGGAAGUGGGAGACACGUCAUCCAGGCCUGGGCAUCGGCCAGAGAGAGCCUCCUCUCAGCUCUGCGGGCAGGAGAGCAUCCUGUAGGCUGAGCCGUCUGGGCCUGCCUCUGUCCACCGGUCAUCAGGGCAGAGCAGUGUCCUGCCCAUGGCUUCCCACCACUGCCCAGCACCCUCCCUGCCCCUCUGUUCUCUGUGAGAGCCCACGGCACUGCCAGGAUGUUCCUUGAGUACCCAGAACAGCAGCCGUGGCAGAAGCUGGACAGCUGGCUGGGGACUGCUGCCUCCCCCAGUUCCCCGGAACCUUGGAUAAGCCAUUCCAGGACAUUCCCAUGGGCCUGGCCCCCACCGCCCCCUCCAGGCCCUGGUGCUAAGGAAGAGGGGAGGGCAGGCUCCCCCCCGCCCUGUGGGGCUGCCUCUCCACCUCUCUGGUGUGGUCCUGCUCUGUCAGCGGCGGCCCAAGCCCAGUUAGUAAGGGAUGUGCUUGACCCAUCUCCGGUAUUCCUGCCAGCCUGCCCCCGACCCUGCCCUUGGGGAGCUGCCUGCCUUUUGAGAGCUGGGCAGAGGCCAGAGCCACCUCCCCCACUGUGAGCUGUCCCCACUGCUGUGGGAGCCAGGCCUGUGUGGAAGCAGCCUUGCCUGGGCCGUGCACCAUCGCCUCCCCCAGCCUCCCUCCACGCCACCAUCCCUUCCUUCCAGCUUGUCCACGUCCUUCCACGUCAGCCCAUGGGCCACUCUGCCGACUGGCCCUCAGCUGUUAGGUGUCUCCCAUGGGACCUGGCCAAGCCUGGGCAGCAGUGGGCUGGUGUGGAGAAUGCUCCAUCCGGGGCUCAGCUCCCGCUCCUCCUCCCAGGGCCCCAGGCUGGGCCUGCUCCGAGCUCCCAGAGCUCAGGGGCCCAUCUUUUGGUGUGGAAACUGCUCCAGGGCUGUGCCCAGGUCUUCCCUUCCCAGAGGGACCUUUCACCUUGGGGGCUACUUAGCAUCUGAGGCUGGGAGCGGCAGGUACCGUCCUGAGGACAUGUCAGUGGGCUCCUGGCCAGCAGCAGCCCUCCAGGGAGCCCGACCAGGCUGAGCCACAGGUGGCAGGAGCGCCGCAGUAUGGCUGGCAUGGUGGGACACGUGCCUUCAGGGGUCCUCUGGGGCCACCUUCCUCAGGCGUGCUUGGUUCAAAGGGCUGUGGGCUCUGGGCCUCUCCAGGCCAGUGGGGUGUGUGUGUGUGUCUUGUGUGUGUGCCGUGAAUAAGACCUGUCUACCUCCCAGGAGGAGCAAGGGCCCUGCCCGACCCUCUUGGCUCAUUCUUAUCUAGGAAGUGGGGCUCAGGGUCACUUCUGCCCAGCCCUUCUGCUCCUGCCACAUGGGCCUCGCUGACGGGGUUUCCUCGCUGCAGGAGAGGGGGUGGCUGUGUGUCAACGAAGGUUGCACCUCUACUCUGUGGAAAUUGGCUGGGUGUUGGGCGGGCCCUACAGUGGGACACAGAGGUGGAAGGACCCUCCACCCCCUCGGUCACAGGCCAGAGCGGGCAGGUGAGUUGCCUGAGUUCCCAGUGAGAGCAGCUGAGCAGUCCUGAGCUGGGACCCUGUCUCCCAGGAGGAGGUCCUGGCUUGCGCGGAAUGUCUGUCCAGGUGGUGGAGGGAGCUGAGCCAGUCAGGCUGCCAGGGCCCACCCCUACCUCCAUGGGUCGGAUUCGGUCCUGUGGUCCUUGUUCCCUCUGUUUAGCGUGUGUUUUGAGCAAUAAAGCCUGGCGGUAGUUUCUAUGC